AUGGUGACACUGACGAUUUUGUUGCAAUUCUUUACGCGCUUAAAUCUAAGGAACUCGAUAUACGAGGUGUUACUUACGGAGUCAUACUUGGCGCGGAUUAUCCCCUAUGCAACUUGAAUACUCCAGGUUGCAGUUAUAAAGAUUCAGCACCAGAAGGACAAAAUGGAAGACGUGAUAGUGAUUUGCUACUUGGUAUUAAUCGACAGCUUAGGUUAUCAACACGGCUAUGGUAUGACGCUCUUAAAGGUUUUAAUAUAACUAAGGAAUUUGCUGAUCUCAUUGAUACUACAAUUGAGCAAACUGGAGAAAAACCUAUACUUAUAUUAACUGGUACAGCUACCAAUCUUGCGCUUCUUUUACGUGCUUUCCCAACUUACUCGGCAAAAAUCGACAAAGUUUUCUGGAUGGGUGGCGCUUUAGAAGUUCCUGGAAAUGUAUUUAUCGAACCAAAUAAUACCCGUGCUGAAUUUAAUGUUUUUUUUGAUUGUAUUGCUGCUCAAGAAUUGCUUGCUUCUGAUUUGGAUAUUACUUUGAUACCAUUAGACUUUACAAGUCAAACUCCACUUAAUCUUGCCUUUUUUGACAAACUCGCAAAACUCAAUAGUUUUUAUGGCAAGUUUGUGUAUAAACUUUUAUCUAUUAUUCGUACAACAUGGCUUGGUGGGGUCUCUGUAUUCUUUGACCGUUAUUCUCUUUGGGACCCUAAAGCAAUCGCUGUUGUUAAAAAUAUUGGUGUUGCGAAAAUUGUAACGAAUCGUUCAUUGGCUGUUACUUGUAAUGGAAACCCGAAUGAUGAUGGGCAGUUUGUAGUUUCUAAAACCAGUACAAUUGCAAAUCUUAAAGUUGCAAUUGACGCUAUUGUUAGUAAUCCUAUUGAAGAUUCUCCAUUUUUUCAAGAUUUUCUUGAAGUAUUUGCCCGCGAUUAA